GGCAGAAAAGUGAAACUUCCUUGAGGGGAACUUUGGCUUAUCUUUGCCUAUAAAUUCGCCCACCAACCUCCCAUACUUCCCAAUCUUCACAGCGAAAUAAUAUCUCUAGUUCAGAAUUUUGAGACCCCUUAUAUCUUUGUACUUGUUAUUUCUCUGAAUUUUGGCUAAUCUUUGCCUACAACCCACCAACCUCUCAUACCUCCCAUUCAAAAUAACGAAACCAUCUCUCUUCACUAGUUCAGGCGCGUCCAUUAGUUAUUUGUCUCUCUCUCUCUCUCUCUCUUGCCCCUACUGCACCCUUCUCUUCUUGUGUUGGUGUUUAAUGAGCGAGAUGUGGAACAAGUCUCAUAGCGAGAAUGGUGAGAAGAACAAGAUCAUCAAGAAGAUCAAAGGAUCCGUUGUAUUGAUGAAGAAGAAUGUUUUGGACUUGGAGGACUUAAACGAUUCGUUUAUCGACCGGGUCUUUGAGUUCUUCGGAAGAGGAGUUACUUUGCAGCUCAUCAGUGCUUCUAAUGGCGACUCUGAAAAGGAAAUGAGGGGAAAGGUUGGAAAACCUGCAUACUUGGAGGAAUGGAUCACAACAAUUAGCCCAUUGAUUGCUGGUGCAUCUACUUACAAUGUCACAUUUGAGUGGGAAGAAGCCCUAGGAGUACCAGGAGCUUUCAUAAUCAAGAACAUGCACCACAGCGAGUUCUACCUCAAUACUGUCACACUUGAAGAUGUCCCUGGAAAGGGUUGUGUCCAUUUUGUCUGCAAUUCUUGGGUUUACCCAGCUCACCGUUACAAUUAUGAUCGUGUUUUCUUCGCUAAUCCGACCUAUCUACCGAGUGAAACACCUGAGCCUCUGCGUAAGUACAGAGAAGAAGAGCUUGUGAAUCUAAGAGGAGACGUAACAGGAGAGCUCAAGGAAUGGGAUAGAGUCUAUGACUAUGCUUUCUACAAUGAUCUGGGGGACCCUGAUAAGGGAAUUGAAUAUGCACGUCCUGUCCUUGGAGGUUCAACUGAAUACCCUUACCCACGCAGGGGAAGAACUGGUCGAAAACCUACAAACACAGAUCCUAACACUGAGAGCAGAUUGCCACUGUUAAUGAGUUUGAACAUUUAUGUUCCAAGAGAUGAACGGUUUGGUCACAUAAAGAUGUCAGAUUUCCUGGCAUAUGCAUUGAAAGCUGUAGGUCAGUUCCUGCUUCCGGAACUAGAAGAUUUCUGCAAGGCCACCCCUAAUGAGUUUGAAACCUUUCAAGAUGUAUUAGACCUCUAUGAGGGAGGGAUCAAACUCCCUGGUGGUUCAAAACUAGAAAAACUCGAGUCCAAAAUCCCUUUGGAGCUGCUAAAGGAACUCUUUCGCACAGAUGGUGAUCAAGGAAUCCUCAAAUAUCCUAUGCCUGAAGUGAUCAAAGAGAAUAAAUUUGCUUGGAGAACAGAUGAAGAAUUCGCACGAGAAAUGCUUGCUGGAGUGAACCCUGUUUGCAUCCGCCGUCUCCAAGAGUUUCCCCCAGCCAGCAAACUUGAUCCCAAUGUGUAUGGCAACCAGACCAGUUCAAUAACCAGAGAGUACAUUGAGGAGAAUCUAGAUGGCUUCACCGUCGAUGAGGCCAUUGAGAACAACAAGCUCUUCAUAUUGGAUCAUCAUGAUACAUUGAUGCCAUAUAUAAGGCGUAUAAACACCACUACCACAAAGACCUAUGCAACCAGAACACUCCUCUUCUUGAAAGAGGAUGGGACCUUGAAGCCACUGGCAAUUGAGUUGAGUCUACCACAUCCAGAUGGUGAUGAAUAUGGUGCAAUUAGUAAGGUCUUCAACCCUGCUGAAGAAGGUAUUGAAGCCUCAGUAUGGCAACUGGCUAAAGCUUAUGCAGCUGUGAAUGACUCUGGUGUUCACCAGCUUAUCAGUCACUGGUUACAUACACAUGCUGCGAUUGAGCCAUUUGUGAUUGCGAUGAAUAGACAAUUGAGUGUGCUUCAUCCAAUUCAUAAGCUUUUGCAGCCUCACUUUCGAGAUACCAUGAACAUUAAUGCCUUUGCUAGGCAGAUCCUCAUCAACGGCGGCGGAAUAUUGGAGAGUACAGUUUUCCCAGCAAAAUUUUCAAUGGAAUUGUCUUCUGUGGCUUACAAGAGCUGGGUUUUCACUGAUCAGUCACUGCCUGCAGACCUCAUUAAGAGGGGGAUGGCAGUUCCAGACUCAAACAGUCCUCAUGGCCUCCGGCUUUUAAUUGAAGACUACCCUUAUGCUGUUGAUGGCCUUGAAAUCUGGUCAGCAAUUGAAGCCUGGGUCCAUGAUUACUGCUCUUUCUACUACCCAAAGGAUGAAAUUCUCCAAAGCGACUCCGAACUCCAGUCUUGGUGGGCAGAGCUUCGUGAUGUAGGCCAUGGUGACAAGAAGGAUGAGCCAUGGUGGCCCAAGAUGCAAACUCUUGAUGAACUAACACAAACAUGCACCACCAUCAUAUGGAUAGCUUCAGCUCUCCAUGCUGCUGUUAAUUUUGGACAGUACCCCUAUGCAGGUUACCUCCCAAACCGCCCAACCCUAAGCCGUCGCUUCAUGCCUGAGCCAGGUUCUCCCGAGUACAAUGAGCUUGAAUCGGAUCCUGACACAGUUUUCCUGAAAACAAUAACAAGCCAACUCCAAACCCUCCUAGGUAUAUCCCUUAUAGAGAUUUUGUCCACACAUUCUUCUGAUGAGGUCUAUCUUGGGCAAAGGGACACUCCAAACUGGACAUCAGAUACAGAACCAUUGGAAGCUUUUGAAGAAUUUGGAAAGAGGCUAGUAAAGAUUGAGAAUAGCAUUAUAAAGAUGAACAAUGACAAAAGAUUGAGGAAUCGAAUAGGGCCUGUCUUGGUCCCAUACACCUUGCUUUAUCCAGACACUUCAAAUAUUUCUGGUAUUGGUGGGCUAACUGGAAGAGGAAUUCCCAAUAGUGUCUCAAUCUAAGGCUGAAUUAACUGUUGUAGUUCCAAAGUAGUUAAGAGUUUUUUAAGCAAAGAAUGGAACUUGUAUGUGAUGUGGUAUACAGAGUAGCAUACAUAUAGAUUUGUAUACAAUACACAAGCUGUAUACCUCAUAUGUCAAAUAAAUUCUAUUUGUUUCCAAUAAA